CGACCGAGCGUGAUCCCGUGACACCCUUCGUUGACCUCACGACCGCAAUUUGCUCGGACGGAUACUUUCGGGAUCGAUAUUUGACCAGAGAUAGCCCCGCCGGUGCAAACUAGGCUGCCCGUUGCCGGAAACCGCAUUGUCGUCCUUGAUUGCCCAACGCAGGCCGCAAGCACCCAUUCUAAAACUGGCCUCUGACGCGUGGACUACCUACCCAACGCGUCUCGCCUUCCGUUCUGUCACGCCGCCGCGAUCAACCCAGCCAUUCACAAAAAAAAAAAAAAAAAAAAAAGGAACAAGGAAGGAAAAGCAACAGUCAACAUGCCGCCCGUCAAGAAUACGGGACCGCCCUUCAAGGAGGAGGAGCGGGUGUUCUGCUUCCACAUGGACAUGCUCUACGAGGCGCGGAUCCUCGAGGUGCAGGCGGCCGAGGCUGGCGAGGGCCCCGCGGGCGGCUGGCAGUACAAGAUCCACUACAAGGGCUGGAAGAACACGUGGGACGACUGGGUGCCCCAGGACCGCGUGCGCAAGUUCAAUGACGAGAACAAGGAGCUGGCCUCGCAGCUGCGCGAGCAGAUGAAGUCGCAGCAGAAGGGCUCCAAGGCCGCCGCCUCGGCCGGCGCCAAGAGGGCGGCCCGCGGAGCCACGGGUGCCGCCGCCGCGAACGGAGGCUCCGACUUCAGCUCCCUCCGCGGCAGCGAGGAGAGGACCGCCGCCCACACCACCUCGAGCGGCAGGGGACCGAGGCGGGCGCGCGACUAUGAUCUCGAGCAGGAGGAGAAUUUUCAAAACCGGCCAUCUAUCAAGCUCGUCAUGCCCGACCACCUCAAGGCGAUGCUGGUCGACGAUUGGGAGAACAUUACCAAGAACCAGCAGCUCGUCCCCAUCCCCCACCCGCAUCCCUUUGACAACAUCGUCAAGGACUAUGUCGAGUGGGAGCUCCCGCACCGCCCUGAUGACUCCGCCGAGAAGGACCUCCUGGAGGAGACCAUGUCUGGCCUGCGCGAGUACUUUAACAAGGCUCUUGGUCGCAUCCUGCUGUACAAGUUCGAGCGCACACAGUACCUUGAGAUUCGCGAGCAGUGGGAGUCCCCCUCCGAGGGCGGUCACAAGUGCGUCGCUGACACGUACGGCGCUGAGCAUCUGCUUCGUCUGCUCGUGAGCCUCCCUGAGCUCGUCGCCCAGACCAACAUGGACCAGCAGUCCGUCAACCGCCUCCGCGAGGAGAUCUCCAAGUUCACGAACUGGCUCGCCAAGAACUACGCCAAGUACUUUGUCAGCGAGUACGAGACCCCCGCCCAGGACUACAUCGAGAAGGCUCGGAGCAGCUAGAUGUGCCGACUUCGCCCGUUCUGCUAGACGCCACACUUUCGUUCACGCCCGCCUUCGGAACACCACUUAGCACAACCGCCUCUCACAGAGAUCUACCUCCUACCUGUCUGGGGGCUAUGGGGUAGCACCUUGGCUGCGAAGGAGUCGAGGACUGCAUGUUGAUAGGGGUUGUUCAUCAACACCUCCCCGACGUAUUAUCGACGCAAGCUACUCGGCACUCCAUGACCAUGAACGACCCCCAUCACACAUAAGUACAAUCAAGUCAGCCGCCCAAAGCUCCACCAGUUGCAUAUCGUCGCUCAAAUUCGGCCAGGUAUCCCGACCGAGAGUCCAUCAUCCCCUCCUUCGAAUCCGUAUCUCGCUUUCCUCUCGUGGAAUAGCCUAGCAGAGGAAUCAUGGGAUCAUUCGACGAGUCGCAUCCUGUAGCCCUUUGGCUGACGCUCUCUAAUAAUGGGUUAUUACCCCCUUCUCGCUCUUUCAUCUUUUGCUGUAUCUUACAUUCCACAUACGCUCCUUUACUUUCUCUUGGAAUUAUCUUUUUCUCGCCUACUUUGAUAAAAACGCAUGGCGCACGGGAGGGGCAGGGUUAAUCACUUGGGGAAGACUGGCACGAGAGAUUUGAGCACAGUCGAUAGGGUCUUUUUUUUUGCCCUUAUUUGGUCUUUGAUACUCAUCCUCGAACUUUUUAGAAUGAGUCAAUCAAACACAGAAACGUCUUCAGAUGGGCGAUUUCUCCGAUGAACAGUUGAGCACGCUGAUACAUAUCGAGCAUAUAUGUCAUAUAUGUGCAGGUAUUGUACAAAAGAUGUGGUCAGGGGCAGGGGCAAGCAAAUAUGUGACAUCUGCGAUCGUCUGCCCGACCU